UGAAGAAAAGUGCCAAAAGUGAAGCUGAAGAAAAAGAUGAUGAUGAUGACGUCGCAGAUAAAGAACACGUUUAUCCAGUCCUUGUCACUAAUGGUGAACUGAUAGCUAAACACAGCACAGAUGACAGGAACAAGCUGGUGGUGGAAUUGAUCUUCUUUGAGCCUGAGAGUGGCAUGCCUAAGCUUUUGGGCAAGAUGACCUUAAACCUUCUGGAUAUCGUGCAUAAAAUGACAUUCACCGAACUUCAUGAUUUGAAGCUUAAAGGACAGGUUAUUUGUAAGAUUGAGCUGGAGAUCUCUUUCACCUAUGGGUCCUUGGGAUAUGGAUAUUCGCAUCAGCUGAGACACCCACAGAAGGACCUACAAACAAUAGCGGAAAGAUCACAAUUCUUAAGGAUCUUUCCACUGGAGCAAAGAAAGGACCCACACUUUAAUGUGACCACCGGACGGCCAUCGGAGUACCCAGAAUUCCUGUCUCCUCAUUUAAAUGUACAAGUUGGAAGCCCAGCUAAAUCUGAGCACAAUAUCUUAAGCUCAUCUCCAGUGGAAGACCUUUCCACUCCUAAAAUGUCUCAGAUGGUUCUAGAAAUAAUGCAGACUAGGAAAAGGUUGAAUGAGCUCAAGAAGGUUUACGAAAACUUCCAAACGCGAGGCGAAUCUAUCCAGUUCAUCGAGAAAUUGGUGAUGAAAAAAGGACCUCGUCAAAAUAAUCCCCCCAGAAUGUACAAGAAGUUCAAGGUGAACAAGUGGAAGAAGGCAGCAGCUCUUAUCCCCAUCCUGGUGGCCGCAGUAACCCCAGAGGUCAAGAGCAGAGAUGUUGCUGUUCCACUGAUGAAACACGUGUCCUUCCAGGAGGAUCCUGAACAAGGCCUGAGAGAACACACAACCGUAGAUGUUGCGGGUCUUUUAAAACACCAAGUGCCUGAAGAGGACAGCAAAGCAAACAAUGUUCUGGAGAAAACAGAUACAGAAGAGUUACAAUUAGCCGGUACAGCAACCUGCUCCACUGGUACUAAACUGAAGAAGGAGGAACUACAACCUAAGAAAGAGACUGAGGAUUCUUUACAGUCACUGGACAAAAAGCUGUCUUCUCUGUCACUGAGCACCUCUCCAGCUCCAACCAACCAAACCGACAGCCAGACAUCCAGGUUGUCAAGGCCUGACAGUCAAAGAGUGGACCAUGACGGGGGUCAGUCAGCUGAGGACCGAAAAGAAGAAAAGGAAUCUGUACUGCGUACAAAUGUGCCUGUUGUCCCAGGUGGUAUCAUUUCUGUAUCGGUCUCACUGACCAAGAGCUCCUCAAUGUCAGUAAUUUCUAAGAACAUGCCAGCCCAGGAUCAAGAUAAAAACGUUCAGCACAGUGUAGUGGAUUCCUGUGUCUUGACAACAUGGAGAUCGUCGCGGGAGGACAACAGGGAAGGCGUGGAUUCAGAUCAAAUCAGUUCCUUCAAGACUGUACCUUGGCUGCUCAGCUCCGGAACUCGGGAAACGUUCAGUCAGCCACCAUGCGAGAGCACCGACGUACGUUUGUCAGAGGAACUUAAAACGAUCACAGAGGAUCUAAGAAAAGAUGGAGAGCUACAACUGGAAGACGAGCACCAUCACAGUGGCACCAUCACUUCAAAAGCCUCUGACAUUGCUCCUGUGGGCCACACACAAUCAAGGGCCUUCAUUCUUAAUCAGGAGCAGAUCUCUGGGCAAGCUCUAAGUUCACCAGAUCCUGAAGUGGAUCCUACUGUUCUAAAAUUGGCCCAAGAAAUCAGCAGGGCACAGCCUUCUACCCCCCGAUAUCCAGCUACUGUUAAUGUCACUGACACUGGUUUGGAGAGUCCAAAACUGGGACAGAAACUCGAAGCAGACAUAACUAUGCCCUCCUUUUCAGAUUAUUUUGCCCCUGCAGGAUCCGGUGGAACAUCAUCUGGCCCAUCACAAGGGGGAAAACCAAGCAAACCUGGCAAAGAGAAGCCCAAAAUGACAGCGAGAUCUCAUUCACCUUAUGACAGACUGAGCAAGACAGCAAAAAAAAGCUGUCAAACGAAAAAAUAAAAAGCUUUUCUCUACUCGCUGAGGCAUCAACAAAAAACAUUUAAAGGCUUACCUUUUUUAUGAUGAUCUUCAAAAACCCUUCUCUGCAAAAUGCACGUCAAGAUAAAAAGAUUGAAUGUAAACAUUAAACACUUCAAUUCAUUUGA